AUGGAAACUGCCGCCGUCGCCGCCUCCGGUGCCGGGCGCCGCAUCAUGGUGGCCGUGGACGAGGGCGAGGAGAGCCUGCACGCGCUCAACUGGUGCCUCGCCAACGUCGUCUCCCCGGCAGGAGGCGACACGCUGCUGCUCGUCCACGCCCGCCGCCCGCGCCCGGUCUACGCCGCCAUGGACAGCGCAGGGUACAUGAUGACCUCGGACGUGCUGGCGAGCGUCGAGAGGCACGCCAACGCCGUCUCGGCGGCGGCGGUCGACAAGGCCAAGCGCGUCUGCGCCGACCACCCGCACGUCAAGGUGGAGACGAUGGUGGAGAGCGGGGACCCGCGGGACGUCAUCUGCGACGCCGCCGACAAGAUGGCCCCGGACCUGCUCGUCAUGGGCAGCCAUGGUUACGGCUUCAUCCAGAGGGCCUUCUUGGGCAGCGUCAGCAACCACUGCGCGCAGAACUGCAAAUGUCCGGUCCUCAUCGUCAAGAGGCCCAAGGAGUAG